AUGAGAAGCAGGAAAUUGCAGGCGAAUGAUAAUGUUUCCCGUGAGGAUGCAUCGAGGCCAAUUAAUGAACUGGCUCGGUUUGGCAUUCUCGUGGCGGGCGCCUGUGGCUGCCUCUGCGUGUGUCUUUUUCGUGCGGACAUGGCAACCGUAGGCACAGUGGCCAUUGUUUUCGUCUACUUUGGCAUACCGUACGCCUUUGUCUACGACUACUUUGGUGUGAGGCCUCUCUUUGUGCUUGGGCUCGUGCUGAUUACUGUUGGCGCGCUGCUGAUGGCACUGACUUUCAGUGGCGCCAUUUCCACAACCGUGUUGCGCCCGUGCGACUCCAACAGCAUUGCUAACUUUGGCGUGGGUGUCUAUGGCCUUGCGGGCGUCGUGACUGUUGCCAGCUUAUUUCCAACGCGAAGAGGUGUCAUUGUGGCUGUAAUGGAGAUGUUCGCUGGUUUGGGGUUUGCGAUUUUGGGGUCGAUUCAGUUGGCCUAUUUGGAGGGCCAGCCGACAAACUAG